CAUCAGAAUAAAAAGAAAAAAUGUCAAAUAUUGAUAUUGAAGAAGCUGUAGCUAAAUUAGCUGAAAUUGGUAAUACAGGUGUAAAUCCUUCACUGGCUGAACCGAGAAGACCACCGACACAGGAGGAACUCGAUCAAACUCCUUUAUUUAUGAAGUCUCUACCAGACAAUUAUGAAGAGAAUGAAACUAUACAGGCAUUACAGUCCUUAGCUUUUGAAGGUACACCAGAUGAAGUUGCAUCACAAUUUAAAGAACAAGGAAAUGACUACUUUAAAGGGAAAAGAUACAAAGAAGCAAUUCAAUUCUACACUCAAGCUAUAGACGCUAAUCCUACCGAUAAAGCAUUGUUAGAAUCAAUCUAUUCAAACAGAGCAGCUUCAAAUUUAGAAUUACAAAACUUUAGACAAACACUUAGAGAUACUUCGGAGACAUUGAAGAUUAACCCACGUAACACAAAAGCGCUCUAUAGAGCAGCAAGAGCCCUUAAUGCUUUAGAAAAGUAUGACGAAGCUACAGAUGCAGUAAAACACGUUCUUUUAUUAGACCCAGAGAACAAACAAGCACAGGUUUUGAUUCAACACAUCAAAACUAAAUAUCAAGCUCAGUUGAAGCGUAAAAUUGAAGUGACGGAAUCACAAAGAAGAAAGAAUGAGUCAAUGGCUGCAUUAAGGGAUGCGAUUGAACUCUCAGGUGCGAUUGUCAAAGGAGACAUCUUCAAAAGAGACCAUCCAGUAAAAUUCGAUACAAACUACUUAGAAGAAUCAUCAAAGGAUUCAAUACCACUUUUCCCACCAAACAUCUGGUCAGCACCCUCACCAACUACUCCAAUUCAAUUCCCAGCUAACAUCCUCUACCCAAUCUCACCUGUCGGACCAAUGGCUGAACAUAUUGCAGGGUUCUCUACUUUGUCUACAUUCAAUGAUCAACUUCACCCUAUGCUUAAUCCACCACCACCAUGGGAUGAAGCUGGUGAAUAUGCUGGGCAAGCUGCUGUCUCAGUUUAUGUAGCAACAGAACAAGGCAAAUUACUUAAAGUAGGUAUGGGAUUAACACUUUCAAAGGUAUUAGCAGCAGCUAGUAAGGGUAAGUCAUCACAGCAAGAUGGUAUUCCAUUAUUGGAAGGUGCAUUCAACUUCAUAGUACUUCCAAAAGGUGAUAAAGAGAAGAAGUGGGUGGAAGAGUUCAAGAAGAACGCAUCUAAAGCACAGUAA